AAACGCAUAAGCAGAAACAAAUUUUUGUUUUGGAGCUCUUGAGUCGAAAUAUCGAAAGUGAAAAAUUGAACAGCCGGUGUCAGCUGGUGUCACCACCAAGGGUGCAUUUUGUGCAAGUUAGGGAUCAAAACUAUGCCCACCGGCUCCAACCUGAGCACCUGAGAAUAUAGACAGUUGAGUCAUUAUGGAUGCCAAAUUUAUCAAGCUGCUGCUACUAGGCGGUGCCGCUCGCUUUUACUUUUGUCGAACCUCAUUGGGUACCGUCAUUGGAAACCGGGUGGAGUUCGCGACGCCAUUGAACUCCCACAAGCGCAUCCAAGAGGGAAUAUUCCUGCUACAAAAUGGAAUCGAUCCGUACCAAGGCGAUGUGGUCCACGAGACGCCCCUAAUCCUGAGCGCCCUCUCUGGCCUGUUUCGGAACUUCCCCUUGUUUUUACCUAUUUUCUAUAUACUCCUGGACAUAUUCACUGCAGCCUUGUUGUACUUGAUGGCCCAGCGUUUUGUGCGAACAAAACAGGACCAACAAAAUGUUGAGCGAAAGGACUACGCCAAAGAUACCACAGAACUUCAGUUCAGCAGCAGCGACAAACUUGACAUUCCUGAGUUGGUCAUUGUAGCCUAUCUGUUUAAUCCACUCACAGUGCUAAGUUGCGUCGGCAUGACCUCGACGGUGUUCAGCAACUUGUUUCUGGCCGCCUUUCUGUACUGCCUCACAAAAGGACUACUCCUGCCCUGCCUUUUAAUUCUGGCUUUUGAAACCGUUCGUAGCUUUUAUCCAGUCGUCCUAUUGGCACCGCUGCUCCUCACCUUUUCGCGAAGUUCCAUUCGAAAGGGAUUUUUUAUUACGUUGCUUUUCGCAGCCUGUUGCCUAGUCAUAUCAGUAGCUAACUUUUUUGUCCUCAAAAGCUGGAACUUCUUGGAUGGCACCCUGGGAUUUAUCUUUUUCUUCCGUGACCUGCAACCAAACAUUGGCCUUUUUUGGUAUUUCUUCACCGAAAUGUUUGAGCAUUUCCGCAUUAUGUUCCUCAUAACAUUCCAACUGAACGCCACUGUCCUGUAUCUCUUACCACUAAGUAUUAAGCUUCGUAAAGAACCCCUACUACUUGCCACCAUCCUCGUGGCACUCAUGGCAGUAUUUAGAGCCUAUCCCAGCUUGGGCGAUGUGGGUUUCUACUUGGCCCUACUGCCGCUUUGGAAACGCUGCUGGAAAUUUAUGGCCCAUGGGUUUGUUGUCUUCACAUUCUUCAUGAUCACUCUGUCCAUGAUGGGUGUUCUGUGGCAUUUAUGGAUAUACGCAGGCUCGGCAAACGCGAACUUUUAUUUUGGAGCCACUCUGGCGUUUUCGACAGGUCAAAUAUUUUUGAUCACCGAUCUGCUCUUCGCUCAUGUUAAACGCGACUUUUGCUUGUUUAAUGGUCAAAAGAUUCUUAUCGAUGGGGAAGAAGCAAAGAUAGUCCUGAAGUAGCCAACUGAAAGCACUGUGAAACCAAAGGAAUACGCUUAUCGGUCCGACUAAUGUCAGUUAAGUCCAGGAACAAUGUACAGAUGCAUAAUGCACGGCUCCUUGGCCAUGCAGUCAGGCAUAUUCUUAGAAUAAGCAACUCCAAUCGAUAUCAGAUUAAAAGAAAACAUUUUAUUUAAUCAUAAA